AAGGCAACACAAACUGAACGCAAACCCGAUAAACUGCGACGAAAACAACGAAAUUCAACAAAACAAUUUCAUAAAUAAGAUGGUAAUUAGAAAAAAGCAGCAACUCUAGCUAACUGGUGCCCAUUCGUUACCCAAACGCCAAGUGGACUUGACGCAAUUAUGCAAGUUGCAACUGCGGCAACAACUAACUGUACUUGGUGCUAAACCUGGGUGGGUUGCACCAAUUCAGCCAGCACUGGGCGGCGAUGCUCAGCGCUUGCAAAUCGCUAUAAUCACACUAAAAUCGGUAGCCGCAGAAGCAGCACAAUGAAUACCAAACAUUCCGAACCAUUCUAUAUAUCAUCCAGCCUGUUCGAUAACAGGCGCCUUAGGCGCCGCAUCAGCAAAUGGAUGGAGCGGCUGAGGGAACGUCAGCAGCUGUACAUGACCCACUCGGCCGCCUCGAAGACUGAUCGCAGCAAGCGACGCUGCCAUCUGAUGCUAUCGCGGCGUCACGUGGCCGCUGCACUACCUGCUGACAUCACCAUUGACCUGCUCUCUGAUGACGACGGCGACGAAGAUGACAUAUCGCAGCCAACUGCACCAGUGCAGCCUGUGUUGGCCAAUGGGCUCUUACGCCAUGGAGCAUCUGCCUCGCUUGCAAGUUUUCAGUUAUCAAAAGUACCGAAUAUCACUUUAGUGCCGGUUGAUUAUGCGCCGGCGCAGAACUCGACGUCGAUGCACCUGAUGCCUGAUGCCAGACGCUUGUUUCGCAAAAUUAAGCGCCCUGGAGGCGUUACACCGAGCGCAGCAGUCACAGCCUCUGCGUUAAACGAGAGCAUAGUCUUGACCAGCGAUGACGAAGAUGUCAGGCUGAACCAUAACGGGCGUCAGCUGAUGCGCUCACCGCCGCCCCUGGCGCCACUGACCUUUUCCGAUACCAUCGAGGAGGUGACCGUGUCGCUGGUUCCGCGUAGCUCAACCACAGCCAAUUGCCAAGCACGUCAGCGACGGCGACAGCCAUGUGAGCUGUCCUUCAACAGCAAUCCCAGCACCUGCAGCACACCGAGCACCGCAUCCCCAAGAAAUCACUACGAUGGCUUCUUGAGGGUCGAUGUGCCCAACGAAGAGACGGCUGCGCUACCGGAUGAGACAACCGUGCAUACGGUGAUCGCAAAUCGCAUCUAUGAGCUGUCGCUGAGCAAGCUUCGAGAAGGACUUGCCAGCGGCGUGCCAGAAUACGCGAAUGAUAUGUUGCCGGAGCAGCUUCAGAAACUUUCGCCGGCAAUGCGAGCCAAGGUGGCGCCCAUGGUGGCGCCGUCACCUCCUGCGCCCAUCUCUCUGAAGCUGUCGAGCGACCUAAGCAUCUCCUUGAUCUCCGAUGACGACGAUUGUGAUAAUGGAAAUGCGGGUGCAGGCAUGGGCGGAUGUGGCGUGGGCAGAGGUGGCAACGAUCUGCUACAGCCGGUGGUGGCGGCCGAGGCGCAUGCGGCAGCCAAGUUGCUCAAGCAGCAGCAACCCCAGCUGUCUGUGGUGCAGCAUCUACAGUAUCCGGGCCAUGGCUCACCCGUUGCUCUGCCUGUUAUGGCACUUGCGGCUACGCCCCCAACUGUGCCAACGCCCUCGUCGACCAGACGUCGCAAACUAGGUUAAGGUUCAUGGAACGCCACUGAAUCAUUCCCCGACCCAAACGCCUUCAUCCACCCUCUCACACACAAAUGUAGCGGUCCAGAAUUAUAUUAUUAUUUUACUAGCCUCUAGUGCAAAUAUAUAAGUAAUAUACCAUAUAGAUUUGUAGCUCCUAACCGAUUUCAGCUGCAGAUAGCAGUGCGUCUCUUUCGGACGCAAGCUUACCCCGCAUUCUCUCUCUUUUUCUCUCGUGGACACAUCUCCGUCUCACACGUCUCUCUCUUUCUCAUACUUUAAGCCAAGAGAAAACAUAAGAAAACAUAAAAUCAAUAACAAAUUCGACUACUUAUGCAAACGGGACACAACAAAUUAUACAAGCAACAAUAUAUAAUGAAAUAUAUGAAAGCACACAUAUAUAUAAAUACAUAUAUAUCUGAGGAUUAUACAACUGUUAUCUGUACAACCGGUCAACGUUAGGUCAGUUUAAUAUGUACAUACUAAAAUAUCUUUUUGUAAUAAUUGUGCAUUGUUGUCUACAUAUAUAUAUACAUAAGCGAUGAAAAAUAAGACAAAAUACAUUUUUAUAUGCAAUCGAA